AUGUCCGACCAAAGCAGCGCCAGAAUGGAUACAGUCGAAGUGCUGUACUUUGAUGUCUUUGGAACAGUCGUCGACUACGUAGACACAAUCACAGAAGCACUUCGUCAGGAGAUUGCUCACACCAGCAUAGCCGAUACCAAUGUCUUGCAAGCAUUGCAACAAAGCUAUGACUGGCGCCACUUCACCCUCAUGUGGCGGCAACAAUACAAACUCGAGACGAAGCGGCUAGCAGAUAUCGGUAAUCCCGACAAGAUCACAGUCGACCAGAUGCACAUGCUCGCUCUCAAUCGGCUCAUCUCCGACCUUCCCCUUCCACCUGACGCACAAGCUUCGCGCUUUGUCGGAGGAUACGCGAUCGAGAAGCUCUCAGAAGCGCUCGAUCGUGCUUGGUCGCAGGAAGUGCGUGAUCGUCUCAACUUCGCUUGGCACCUGCUCGAGCCCUGGCCCGACUCGGUCGAUGGACUCGAAGCUCUGAGAUCGCGUUUCAAGAUCGGAACGCUGACGAACGGAAAUGCGAAUCUGAUGGUAGAUAUGGCGAAGCACGCCAAGCUGCCUUGGGACUUUUUGCUGACAGCCGAUCUCAUGGGCAGCUUCAAGCCGGAUCCGGAAAUGUAUCGAAGGGCAAUGCAGCUCUUCGACAUCCAGCCGGAUUUCGAUGGCCACCGAGCUUGCAUGGUCGCCGCACACCUGUACGAUCUCGAAGCUGCCAAAGCUUGCGGUAUGACUACCGUGUUCGUCUCGUCAAGGGCAACUGAAGACCGACUCCCCGCCUCAGGCAAACCGGACUUUGUCGAUGUGGUCGUAUCAGACCUGCUGGAGCUGGCCCGACUCGUCACGCGAAAGGAGGCGUCAGCACACUGA